AGGAGGGGGCUCACCUGUACCUGGGAGAAGGAGUGGCGCCAUUCGUCACCUUCCGACUCCAAACCAGGAGCAGCUUUUCCUUCCCGCAGCAGCCCUGAGAAGUAGAAGUCGAGGAGGGCGGCGGGGACUUGAGCUAGCGACUGUAGCAGGACUCCGAGCAUGGAGCCUAUCAACUCCUGGAGCGAGGAGAGAGUCGCCGACUGGCUCCAAGGCCUGGACGCUCCGCUUCAACAGUACCCCAUCUCAGAGUGGGGUUUGUCCGGACUGGAGCUGCUCCAGCUGACCUCACACGACCUGGAGAGACUUGGAGUCCACAAGAUCGGACACCAGGAGCUGAUACUGGAGGCGGUGGAGAAGCUCUGCUCUCUGACGUACGGCAUGGGUGGCGAGAACCUCCGGGCUUUGACGGAGAAGCUCCGUGCUGUAGCUCACACCCUCCAGAUGGGCAUCCAGAGCCGCUGGCAGCGCAACAGCUACAGUGGACGGAGCGCCACGAAGCUGCCUAGCGCUGUGCUGCAGGUUGUUGUGGAGCUCAUCACAUCUGCCAAGGGACUCUUCUCUUUGCUCAACAGGUAUCAGUUCUCUAAACUUAGUGGACAAACAGCAAAUCGGAACAUAUUCAGCUACUGCAGAGAGCUGGGGGAGAUUGUGCACAAGCAGGAGGCCACGGUCUACGAAAAGGAGAAGGACAUCAUCUCUGUGUGUCGGCAGUUGGUUGCGGUGUGUGACGAGGUCCUGACCUGCAGCCCUGAAAGUCUCCUCACACACAGCGCUCAGCUGGAGAGCGUGGACUUGGUGCCGGUGUCCCCCGACGAUCAGCUGGGCAUCGAAAUCACCUCCACUGGCUCCAGCAACCACUAUGUGACCGGCACUGCAGCGGAGCCUGCAGCUAGUGUGUAUGUGAAUAUAUUGGCUGGAGAUGAAGUGAUAAAAGUCAACGACCAGAUUGUGGUGGGUUGGAGCAGAGCAAACCUCGUGAAGAAGCUGCAGGAGAAUCCCAAAGGGGUGACCCUCGUGCUGAAGAAGAUUCCCAGUUCAGUGAAACGCAGAGGUUCCGCUGAGAAACCGUCUUCUCCCGAGAUAUCUUAUCAGCAGGAGGAAGAGGAGAGGUCAGAAGAAGAGGAGGGGGCGGAAGAGGAGGAGGAAGAGAAUCCAAGAUACUCCAUAUUUGAGAGGGUUGCUGCUUCUGUCAGGUCCUUGUCUUUUAGGAGAGCAGUUCAGGGCCCUGAAGUGACCCCACCGCCGACGGGCCAGGAGGAGUCGGAGUUGACCUCUGACAAGGAACUAGACGGAAGCUUCACACUCACAUCAUCACAGCUGUCGCCUCAGUCGGCAUCAGGUGAGGACAUCUCCAGACUCUCUCCUGGACUGAGCAGAGGGAAAGACCGCUCACCGUCUCCCAGGAGUCCGUCUCCCUUCGGGUUUCCCCGAGGCUCGUCUCCAGUGGGGUUCACUCAGGAGAGGCUGAGCGUCAGUUCCUGCCCAGAGAUGGUGGGACACACGGGAAACAAGGAGAAGAAAAGUUCAACCAAAGGCUCAUCGACGGCAAUGAGUCGCCGGCGCGUGUCCUGCAGGGAGCUGGUGAAGCCUGACUGCGAUGGUUGGCUGUGGAAGAAGAGGAAGGACAGCAGCGUCUUCAUCACCCAGAAGUGGCAGAGAUUCUGGUUCGUCCUCAAAGGCCCCGCCCUCUACUGGUACACGAGUCAGCAGGCUGAGAAGGCGGAGGGGUUUGUCAACAUCGCCAGCUACAUCAUCGAGAGUGCAGGGGAGCACAAGAGGAAGUACGUGUUCAAGAUGAGCCACAAGCGCUUUCAGGACUUCUUCUUUGCUGCUGAAAACGUCACGGACAUGAGCAAGUGGAUUAACUGUCUGAUCCCAGCGAUACAGAAGUUCAAAAAGUCUGACUCGAAUCCAGACAGUGAAGAAGAAUGUUACAGUGAGACGGAGUCCGAGAGUGAGGGCUCCCCGUCCUCCCGCAGGAAGAACAAGAAAGUGCUGUCCAACACUCUGCCGCGGCCCAAAGGGAAAACCUCCCGGGCGCAGUUGCCAAGUCCAACAUCAGGGGGCAGCAAAGGUGGCCCAGUGGACGAGAUGGGGAUGAUGCUGAACAACAUAAAGGAGGGAGGCGUUUCACUCACCGGGCAGGAGCAGCCGUUCACCCACGACCACUUCAGGAAGUCCUUCAUUCGGCGCAACAAGAACCCGGUCAUCAACGAGAAGGCGCACACACUGCGGGCCCUGCAGAGCACACUGAAGGCCAAAGAAGCCGAGCUGCAGAUGAUCAACAAGCUCCUGGAGGAGUCCGAGCUGACGCCUUCAAAGUACAGACACUGGAAGGAAAACAACGAAGAACUAGUCCAAGAAAUCGAGAGACUGGCUGCACUCAGGACUUCCAAAGAUGGGAAAGAUGCCGCAGCACGAGACACGCCCCCCGAGCAGGUUGCCUUGGAAACAGUGGCUCCAGAAACGGCAGAGACAAAAGGUGCAUACAAGCUGAGCCUGAGCGACGGAGAGCAGGCCGUGGACGCCGAGGUGUCCGACGUUCUUCUGGACAUCCGCCCCGACUCGCCCUCCAACAGCCCCAGCCCCCUGCUAGAACUCUCCCUCGGGUCCCUGCAGGACUCCAUCAACCAGGAGGUGAGCGAGAUGGUCAAGAGCGGGGAAGUGUCGGAGAACUACUUCUAUAUUUAGAGCCUGAAACAAAGAGACUCAUUCCAACCAGCUGCCUUGCUUCUGUACAGCGCACAACGCUCUGCUUCUUCAAGGGCAGCGACUUUUACAGCCGAGACACGGCUUCUUGUAAUGUGAUGUGUAGAUACAGUUUUAUCUGUUGAUGAAAAGAUCUGUAAAGUUUUGCACAAAGAAAUCAAUUUUGAUCAGGUUUUGUGCGACCCAAUUCUUAACUCUGUUGUUGUGAAGUGUAGCGAUGCCUCCUCACUGUAAAAAUUUGUAUUUUUUAAAUAAAAAACGGAGCAUGGCU